CUUGUGUCCCGCGUUCAUAGGUCGCCCUAUCGCCUUCCUUCUCUCUGAGGCUGCGAGAGACCUCCUUAUGGCCUUGGAACCCGCUAGACAUGCCCAUAUGCACAACAUGUACAGCUGCCGUGCCCUUUCUAUACACGGUCUAUGAAUCUGCAUACAACCUCCGCCUCGAAGAAUGUACGCAUUGCCACGCAUUCGCGGAUCCUUAUGUCGAGCACGACACCCUAGCGCUCGUCCUGGACCUCAUUUUACUCAAACGCGGCGUGUUCAGACACCUUCUAUACAACCGAGGGACUGGGCAUCGCCGGGAAGCGGGAAAAUCAACCACAAGUCCGGAGAAGGCCACCGAGAGGGAUAGCUUUGCUGCAGCGACGACGAACGAGGGAAGCGCGGUUCCAGCUCAGUCAGAUCAUAGUGCGAAAGCCCUGAGAGACGGCGAAAGGGAAGCGAGGAGAUGGAUGUUCGUCGCGCGGCUGGGCUUGCCGCUCAUUGCUGCUGAUGCUUUUAUUCGAUGGUGUCAUCUGAACCCUGGACAGCCGUACGACGAGUCUCCAUGGACCCAGGACAAUAUACGCUCGUUGACUCGAGCUUUCUUGGGAUGUGCGGCAGAAACCAUCGCUUUUCACCUUGGCGUAACAUUGUCGUGCUUCGUCGCCGUGCGAGCACUAAAAGCAUACGAUGCCUUCCGCCAACGAGCGCCAUCCGACGUCCGCCAGGAAUUUCGAUGCUCCCUCGUCCCCCUCACACUCUUCUACUCGUCCCUCACUAAGCUCUUCCUCCUCUUCAUGCUUACCAUCUGGAAGCCCUCGCCUGCAAGCCCCGCAUCCGACUACGCCAUAGGUCUCCCCAAAGUCCUCCGCUCAAACGACGGGGCCCGGCAGAUAUUCCACCUCUUGGACGACGACAGGAUAGACAGGGAAUGGGUCGUGCGCAACGUGCUGGGAGGGAUGUCUGCCGGGUUUGGGUUGAGAGUCAUCCUCGCUGCGAAUCCCUUUGUGACGACGCUGGUGAUUCUGAUAGGAUGGGCGGUCAAGACCGCGAUGGCGCAAUAUGUGAGUGCAUGGAUGGGGGAGGCAAGCGAGGCUUGGUUAGCGUAUAGUAUACCAUGAAGCAUUGCCCAGCCUAACACUCCAAUAUUGCUUCUCGUCAGAACGAUUGUGGGCCAUGCACAAGAAGUGCACGGUAGUUGUUUGCAAUUAAUCGCGAGGGUAUAUACGAACAAAGCAUCUCGACGACACCUCUUUCUUAGAGUAAGAUCUAUAAAUCGCAAGCCAGCGCCCCGCGCCUGAC